AUGAGGAAAGCAGAGGAAGAAGGUUAUAUUGAGGAGGCAGCAUCGCUUAUGAUCCAAGCUACCCUGGGGACUAACGCAAACCAACCACUACCUAUGGAGCAAACCUCUACAGAACGAGUCCCAGCCACUCUCAGACUUGGACCAAUGAUCCAACCCACAACAGAUACGACACAUGAUGCACCCCUGGAGACAGGAAAGCGUAAGCCAGGGAGACCUCAUGGGAAACGUAAGGUGCAAGGGAGUCCAAAGCUGCUAAAGGGCUCAAGCUCCAGGAAGAGGAAGCUGCAGCAAACAAAACCCCCUCUUGCUAGAAGAAAGCUGAACCCGGAAAGCAAACCAAGAACAACUACCUCCCGAGGGUCAAGUGGGAGAGCGGAUGGGAAAAAGUUCUAUGCUUCUUUUAUCUAUGGUGAUACAAACAAACCUCGAAGAAGGGAUCUGUGGAACAGCUUGCUUGAGCUGAACGGUACCCGAGAAGCACCUUGGUUCUUAACAGGUGAUUUCAACGACCUACUUAAUAAUGAAGAAAAAGAUGGUGGAGCUACUAGACCGGAGGGGUCUUUCACAGAUUUGCGGACGUUCUUUUCGGAAGGAGAUCUAUUUGAUCUACCACACUCAGGAGAUUUCCUAUCUUGGCGGGGCCAGAGGGAGGAUGAUCUGGUCCGAUGUCGCCUGGACCGUGCGGUGGCUAACAGCGAUUGGGCAGAGCUGUUUCCGACAGCAAGAUGCCAAUACCUUGCGUAUGAAGGAUCAGACCACAAGCCUCUUAUCUCUUUCUUCGAGCCCGAAAAGAAGAAGAAACAAGGUCUUUUCCGGUAUGACCGAAGACUGAAAAACAACCCGGAGGUAAAGGAGUUGGUAUGCAAGACAUGGAAGGAUGGAGAUUUCAGGACUGUCAAUGACAGAAUCACGGCCAUCAGGUCAACUCUAAUUGAAUGGAGUAAGCAGCAGACCAUGAAUAGCAUAGCGAUUAUAGAAGAGAAGAAGUUCCAGCUCGAGCAGGCCUUAACGGACCCUGCAAACUACACGGAGCUGAUAACAAAGAUAACAAAGGAACUUGAUGAAGCUUAUGCCGCUGAAGAGAGCUACUGGAGGCAACGCAGCAGGAAGCUCUGGCUCUGGCUCAGCCUAGGAGACAUGAAUACCAGAUAUUUCCACGCCGUGGCAAAAAACCGUAAGAGAAUCAACGCUCUUUCGGUGAUCGAGAACGAAGAAGGAGAGGUUGUGUACCAGGAGGAUCAAAUAGGGAAGGUUAUUGUCAAUUACUUUCAGCAGCUAUUCUCAUCUAUAGAUGAAAACAGAGCAGAUACUGUCAACUACGCUCUGUCUCCAAUGAUCUCGGCGGAAACAAAUGACGAGCUUAUCCGACUACCGUCCGCAUCGGAAAUCAAGGCGGCUGUCUUCUCCAUCCAUGCAGAUAAAGCCCUCGGGCCUGAUGGUUUCUCGGCUAGUUUCUUUCAUACAAACUGGGAGAACAUUGGAACUGAGAUAGUUCAGGAAAUUCAGGAGUUCUUCGAGACGGACAGACUGCCGAAAAAGAUUAACGAGACCCAUAUCCGGCUCAUCCCGAAGGUGCUCAGCCCUAAAACAGUGGCGGAGUAUAGGCUCAUUGCUCUCUGCAACGUUUAUUAUAAGAUCAUCUCCAAGAUCUUAACCAAGCGCCUCCAACCACUCCUUUCCGAGAUUAUCUCAGAAAAUCAGUCCGCCUUUGUACAGGGACGAGCAAUUUCGAACAAUGUUCUCAUCACUCACGAGGUCCUCCACUACCUUAAAACGUCAAAGGCUGAGAAGAGAGUGGCCAUGGCGGUGAAAACCGACAUGAGUAAAGCCUAUGAUAGGCUCGAAUGGGACUUCAUCCGGCUAGUGUUCCAAUGCCUAGGCUUCCACCCGAAGUGGAUCAAUUGGAUCAUGCAAUGUGUAUCGACUGUUACUUACUCUUUUCUCAUUAACGGUUCGCCUAGAGGAAGAGUCACACAGAGUAGAGGUAUCUGUCAAGGAGAUCCCCUCUCACCAUACAUUUUCAUUUUGUGUAGUGAGAUUCUCUCGGGUCUAUGUAACAAAGCACAAGAGGAAGGUUCUCUCAAAGGGAUCCGGGUAGCACGAGGGAAUCCUCGGCUCAACCAUCUCCUCUUUGCGGACGACACCUUGUUUUUCCUUAGAGCCAGCAAGGAGAACGGCGAGGCUUUGAUUAGCCUGUUGAAGCGGUACGAGGAGGCUUCGGGACAAUCCAUAAACCCGGACAAAUCCUCGAUAAACUUUUCAAGACAUGCACCAGCGAGCCUCAAAACUGCAGUGAAGAAUGCGCUCUCGAUCCAGAAAGAGGGAGGCAACGACAAGUACCUCGGACUUCCUGAUUUAUUUGGCCGAAAGAAGCGAGAUCUUUUCUCCUCUAUCAUGGAUAAGAUGAAGCAGAAAGCGUGUGGCUGGACUAACAGGUUCUUAUCCACGGCAGGAAAGAUGACCAUGCUUAAGAGCGUGCUAUCAGCCGUCUCGUCCCACGCCAUGUCUUGUUUUCCACUCCCUAUAUCUCUUUGCCAAAGGAUCCAGUCUACCCUUAUCCGAUUCUGGUGGGAUGGACAUGCAGGAAACCAGAAGAUGGCCUGGAUUGCUUGGUCAAAACUGAUACAGCCGAAGGAAUGUGGAGGCCUGGAUUUCAGGGACAUUCAAAGUUUCAACGAGGCCUUCCUAACAAAAAUUAGCUGGAGACUCAUUAACCAUCCUGAAAGUCUACUAGGGAGGGUUCUUUUCGGAAAAUACUGUAACACUGAGAGUUUUUUGAACUGCUCGGAAAAAUCAGCCAUCUCACAUGGAUGGCGUGGAGUUUUAAUUGGACGAGAUAUCAUUGUUAAUUCAGCAGGAUGGGAAGUCGGGAAUGGAACUAGCAUCAACAUAUGGGAGAAGCCAUGGCUCAGCUGCUCUACACAACUGAGACCAAUGGGACCAGUACCGGAAGAGCUCAUCAACUUCACCGUAUCUGAUCUUCUGCUCCCUGAUAGAAACGAAUGGGAUAUCGCCAAGAUCCAACGGAUUCUUCCUUUUAAGGAACAGAGAAUCCUUGCCAUUAAGCCAAGUUUGACCGGAGCUCCGGACAAGCUCUCCUGGCUGAGAACUGACACUGGCGAUUAUUCAACAAAAACGGGCUAUGCUGCAGUCCUUUCAUCACGGAGCACAGAAGCUGGAGAGGCUAGAGCGACUGCUGAGAGAUCGACUUUCGACUGGAGAAAAAAUGUAUGGAAACUCCAAACCACUCCGAAGAUCAAGCUAUUCAUUUGGAAAACUCUACACGGAGCAAUUCCGACAGGCGAAGCACUGCGAUCCCGGGGAAUCAACGUCGAUGGCUUAUGCAAAAGAUGCAAGCUACCUGAAUCUAUUGAUCAUCUGCUCUUACACUGCUCAUAUGCUAGACAGGUCUGGACAUCUGCCCCUGUCUACCCAGGCGUUGAGUACAAUGGAUCUAUAGAAUUGCGAAGCUUCUGGCCCGACCUCUGUUUAAAGAAAACCUUGCCACCCACGGGAGUAUCGAUGGGGGCUCUGGCUCCAUGGAUCGUCUGGCAACUUUGGUUAGCUCGAAACAAACUGGUGUUUGAAGAUAAGAUUAUAACAAUCGAAGAAGUAGUCUCCAAGGCAGUUGCUAGUGCCCGAGAGUGGAUUACCAGUCAGGACAAACUGACCCAACCUACCCGACCCAUAGCUCCCCCGACAAUGAUCCAAGCAGAUUAUGUUUUGCUCAGAACAGAUGCUGCCUGGAAUGAAUCUCUAAAUCUUGCAGGGCUGGGAUGGAUGACAAAGCGACAAGGCAGGGAUUCCUCUUUCUCCUCUAUUGCGCACCAUGUUACUACACCGCUUGCAGCUGAAGGUCUGGCGCUCCGGGAAGCUUUGCUGAAAUGCAUGGACAUUGGACUAUCGAAGAUCAGAUGUGAAUCGGAUUCGACCACCCUGAUUAAAGCUAUCAAUGCAAAUUCUCCUCUUGUUGGUUUAUAUGACAUCUUAGCUGAUAUUAACUCUAUUGCAUCUUCUUUUGAAUCUAUCUCUUUUAACUGGAUCUCACGUGAGAGAAACAGUAUAGCAGAUGGAUUGGCAAAAAAUGUAUUAUCUACUGAACUCGCCUUUAUGGCUCUGCCCAACGUUGGUUAG